GUUUUUUAAACGUUUUAAAUGUAACCUUUAUUUAACUAGGCAAGUCAGUUAAGAACAAAUUCUUAUUUACAAUGACAGCCUACCGGGGAACAGUGGGUUAACUGCCUAGUUCAGGGGCAGAACGACAUAUUUUUACCUUGUCAGCUCGGGGAUUCGAUCCGGCAACCUUCCGGUUACUGGCCCAGCGCUACAUGGUGUGUCUGUAUCAUAUCAAUUAAAAAAAGGGGUGUAGUUAUCAACCAUACAUUACAUAUUUGUUUUGGACGGUUUGGACCUACGAUUUACUCAUCAUGAGUCACAGAAUUGUUCAAAAAUGAGUACAUGUUCAAAUUGAUAUAGGGAACACUAAGAACAACUAAUUAGGGAAAUAAGCUACCUAAAUGUACUGAUAUGAGUGACAAGUUACUGACAGGUGCACGCGCUGUGCGAACGUUCCAAAUGUGAACAGGAGGGGUUAACCUGCAUUAAUGUAAAACUGAUGACGUUGAAGAUGUCUAGAGAUCGCACAUUUGGACGUCCAAUAAAAAUGUGGUGUGGUGUCUGAAGGUUAAAGUAGGUUGCCAGGCUACAUGCAGGCUGUGCUGUGAGCGAACAUAUCCUACCACGUUGUGUCUCAUCUCACCAGCCAGGAGCGCCGUGUGUGCGCCUCGCCUCCGUCCUCGGAAAAAACUCUGUCGAAUGUCAGAGAACAGCUGGGAGCUUAACAUUUCAGAAGUCUGGUGGUUUCAAAAGUCUCGUCUCCCUGCUUACAGAGUGACUGUUCUGUUCAGCCAAACAGAACGGUGCGCUUCAACAACUUAACAACUUUUAAAGUGGUGAAUACAGCACUGCAACAGCGUGGAAGGAAUUUCUCAUAGAUGUCCAGUCAAUUGGAAAGAGGCCUACAGCUAGAGACGACCAAGCUUAAUGCUCUGAAACUCGAAUUCGAUGAUGAGGAGAUUGAUGUGGAAAGUCUCGACGGAUGCCUGCCCGAGGAGCGGCACGGCAGCGCGGAGAAAGGAGCGAAGGUGUUCACGGAACAGCAUUCACUGCAGACGCCGCGCAAGUCGACCCGCAGCCCCAAAUGCGCCCGCUGUCGGAACCACGGCGUCGUGUCUUGUCUCAAAGGCCACAAGCGCUUCUGUCGCUGGCGUGACUGCCAGUGCGCGAACUGUGUUCUCGUGGUGGAGCGGCAGCGAGUGAUGGCUGCGCAAGUCGCCCUGCGGAGACAACAGGCGACAGAGGGUAAAAAAGGAGUCAGAGGAACAGCCGCACCAUUACCUCGUACAGCGUAUCAACGCUACACCAGAGCACCUAGCAUCCUAGCUAAGAGUAUCUUAGAGGGCUACAAACCCCCAGUAAAUGAGGACGGACCCUGGUCCAAGCGAGGUCACUUCUCCUCUGUCAGUGCCCGGAUGAGGAAGAGGAGGGCGUUUGCUGAUAAGGAGCUGGAGAGUGUGAUGCUGGAGAGGGAGCUGAGACAGAGAGAGCUGGAGGACCUAUCAGGUCUCACCCUGCUUCACCACCCUGCCCUGGCAGGGCUGCCCUCUUCCCCCCACCACUGCUGCCCACAGAAGGACCCCGGGGUGGCCACCUACGUGCCUGUGCACAAAUACAAACCGGGCCCUGUGCUGUAUGAAUGUGACUUCCACUGCUACCAGGAAGAGGUCAAGGCCCGAUCCACAGCAGAGAGCGGUUAUGGUUACAGUCAGUUCACGUCACAGUGUAACUCUAACUCUGGGGUUCUGGAACACAUGGAGCGAGUCAGAGAGAGAGCACUAGAGAGCUGGAAGUGUUCCAGGAAGAGGGAGACCUGUGAAGAGCCUUCACCCCUGCCCUCACUACAACUCCAACAGAGCGGGAGUAGUUAUUCUGAAGGCUCAGCGGACCUGGACAGGGAUAAGGCCAGGCCCAAAAGGGUAAAAGACAAUCCAACGUCUCCAACGGCUCCAACGUUCGGCAUUCCAGAAACAGCCCUCACACACUCUGACUCUCCCUCUGAGCCUAAGCAUGUGUUUCAGAGAGAGGAACAACCCUAUAGGCACAGCAGGGUCUUAGAACCUCACCUCCUCCCACCCAAGGACUGGUCAGCAGGGGGGACUAGGCAUCAUGAAGGGCCUCAGAUCAACUCAGUGAAACCCACAGUGGUGAGGCAGCCAUUACCGUUCUCAGUGGAGUCACUGCUGAGGGCUUGAAGAACUCAGAACCAAUAUUUUUUUCAGAAGUGCAUUUUCUAUAUCAACACUGGUGGUAAAAUUUGUAACUAGUGGAAUAUUUAUACUCAAAUCUACUUUGAAAUGUUAUACAUUCGUUAGUUAGUUUUAUAAAUUGCUCAGCAUUUUUCAAAGGAUUGUAAGAUAUUGUAUUUUGAAAGCAAUAAAGUAGACAUGUACAAUGUAACAUGUUGUAUAAUCUCC